UGUAUUUCAUGAUGAGUGAAAGUGCAGAUCACAGAUUCAACAAUCUUACAUGGGAGCAAGUACAGACUCUUGACCAAGUCCUGAGUGAGGUAGUACCUAUUCAUGGAAGAGGAAACUUUCCAACACUUGAAGUUAAGCCAAAAGAUAUCAUUCAUGUUGUAAAAGAUUGUCUCCUUGACAAGGACAUUUCUGUUCGUGACAUUCGUCUCAAUGGAUCAACAGCAAGUCACAUCCUUCUAACACAAAGUGGAACUAGUUAUAAAGAUCUGGAUAUAAUAUUUGGAGUAGAGCUCCCAGGAGAACAAGAGUUCCAGACAGUUAAAGAAGUGGUUCUUGAAUGUCUUCUGGACUUUUUACCUAAAUGUGUCAACAAAGAAAAAAUUACAGCUCAAACUAUGAAAGAUGCAUAUGUUCAAAAAAUGGUGAAAGUUUCUAACGAACAUGAUCGCUGGAGCCUCAUCUCAUUAUCUAACAACAGCGGAAAAAAUGUAGAACUCAAAUUUGUUGAUUCAUUAAGACGACAAUUUGAGUUUAGUGUUGAUUCUUUCCAAAUAAUUUUGGAUUCUGUGCUACAUUUUUACAGUGGGUAUGAUGAUAAAUCAGAAACAAUGCUAACCAAGGAAUCAUAUCCUACAAUUGUUGCAGAAAGUAUGUAUGGGAAUUUUGAAGAGGCAAUGGACCAUCUGAAGUACAAACUAAUUGCAACUAGAAACCCAGAAGAAAUUAGAGGCGGUGGUCUUCUUAAAUACAGUAAUCUUCUGGUUCGAGAUUUUAAACCAGCUAGUGAAGUUGAAAUAAAGUCCUUGGAACGCUACAUGUGCUCAAGGUUCUUCAUCGAUUUUCCAGAUGUGACAGAACAGCAAAGAAAGAUUGAAUCCUACUUGCGAAAUCACUUCAUUGGUGAGGAGAAAAGCAAGUAUGACUAUCUGAUGACACUGCGUGGAGUUAUAAAUGAGAGUACGGUUUGCCUAAUGGGACAUGAGCGAAGGCAAACUCUGAAUAUGAUAACAGUUCAAGCCUUGAAAGUACUCGGGGAACAAAAUAUCAUUCCUAAUGCAGCCAAUGUCACCUGCUACUACCAGCCUGCUCCAUACAUCAGUGACAGGAACUUCAGCAAUUAUUACAUUGCUAGUGGACAACCGCAGUUUAUCUAUCAACCUUACCCACUUCAUAUUCACUUGCAAACUGGUCUUGUAUAGCUUAUCAUAAACAGAAAA